CCACGUGCCUCUCACGUGAACUCCCGCCUUGUAACGGAGACCCACUUCGUCCCCGCCUUUUGUCUAAUUUACGAAAAUUGAGAAUUUCGUUCGUUCUUCAUUCUUUGCUUCAAAUUUUCAAAAGCCGAAUUACCAAGUUAGGGUUUCGAUGGGGAGCAAGGUCACAGUCACAGAUCACCACUUAUCCACCGUACGAUCCAUCGUUGGUUCCGAAUUCACCGACAUGGACAUCAUCAGAGCCCUACACAUGGCCAAUAAUGACGUCACCGCUGCCAUUAACAUCAUCUUCGACAGUACCCAUACCACCAAAUUCAAACCCACUCGCACCACCACCGAUACUCCUCACCAAGAUUCUCCUCUAAAAUCGAACCCUAACACCGUCAUAGCCAACUCCGACCACAAUUGCGGAGGAGGAGAAAACAGCGAUAACUGCCCUGUUGGAUCCGAUGAUUGGUGGUUCGUAGGUUGUGGCGAAUUGACAGGGUUGUCAACUUGCAAAGGGAGGAGUAUAAAAUCCGGUGAGCAAGUGUUUUUCAAGUUUCCGAUAAAGAGAGUCUCUGCUUCUCCCUCUCCGGGUAAGGGUUUUGGAAGAGGGCGACAGGGUGCAGCAACUUGUUCGGAGAUAGUUCGGUUUUCUACUCAACAAGCUGGAGAGAUUGGUAGAAUACCAAAUGAAUGGGCUCGUUGUCUUUUGCCUCUUGUGCGGGAUAAUAAGGUUAAGAUUGAAGGGCAUUGUAAAUUUGCACCUAAUGUUUUGGGCAUCAUGGACACCGUUGUUUUGACAAUCAGUGUAUUCAUCAACAGUUCAAUGUUUGGUAAGCAUCACCAGGUUUCUCUCAAGGAUGCUACCAAUUCCACAGAUGAAUCAGUGUUUCAUCCUCUUCCAGCCUUGUUUCGGCUGCUAGGCCUGAACCCUUAUAAGAAGGCAGAGUUAACUCCUGGUGACUUCUGUUCCCUAAAGCGUCCUUUCAACCUAAAGGUCACAUUACUACAUGCCAAGUCGGAACAUCCUUCUCAAAAUGGUAAUGAGAAUGGCAAUGAGGAUUCCAUUUCCGAAAUUGAUCUCGAGAACAUUGUUGGUGUUGGAUCAAACUCAGAGUUAGAGGAAAUGGAUCCCCCUGGCAAUCUUCUGUGUGAACUGCGGCCCUAUCAAAAGCAGGCUCUUUAUUGGAUGGUCCAGAUGGAGAAGGGACGACCUAUGGAUGAGACAGCAACAACCCUUCAUCCAUGUUGGGAGGCGUAUCGCUUGGCUGACAAGAGGGAGCUUGUUAUUUAUCUGAAUGCAUUUUCUGGUGAAGCUGCAAUAGAAUUUCCUAGCACUCUUCAAAUGGCCAGAGGAGGAAUUUUGGCAGAUGCUAUGGGACUUGGAAAGACCAUCAUGACCAUAUCCCUUCUCCUUGCCCAUUCUGGAAGGGGUGGAUCAUUAGGCAGUCAAAUCAUAGCUCAGUCCUUCAUUGAAGGUGAAGUUAGUAAUACAGUGCACAAUUUUUCAAACAUACCAAAGAAAGCAGCCAAAUUUGCUGGUUUUGAUAAACUGAUAAAGCAAAAGAAUGUUCUAACAAGUGGUGGUAACUUGAUAAUAUGUCCCAUGACUCUUCUCGGACAGUGGAAGGCAGAGAUUGAAACUCAUGUGCAGCCUGGGUCUCUGUCUCUAUAUGUUCAUUAUGGACAAAGUAGGCCAAAAGAUGCAAAAAGUCUAGCUCAAAGUGAUGUUGUAAUUACUACAUAUGGAAUUUUGGCCUCUGAAUUUUCCAGUGAGAAUACGGAGGAGAAUGGUGGACUUUUCUCAAUUCGGUGGUUUAGAGUAGUUCUUGAUGAGGCACAUACUAUAAAAUCUACUAAAAGCCAAAUUUCUAUGGCAGCUGCUGCUCUAAUUGCUGACCAACGUUGGUGUCUUACUGGCACUCCAAUCCAGAACAACCUUGAGGAUAUUUACAGUCUUCUCCGGUUUCUGAGAAUAGAACCUUGGGGUCAUUGGGCCUGGUGGAACAAACUUGUUCAGAAACCAUUCGAGGGUGGUGAUGAGAGAGGGUUGAAGUUAGUUCAGUCUAUUUUGAAGCCAAUCAUGCUGAGGAGAACCAAACAUAGCACAGAUCGCGAUGGCAAGCCUAUCCUAGUUCUCCCGCCAGCUGAUAUGAAGAUAAUUUACUGUGAACCCACGGAAGCUGAAAAAGACUUUUACGAGGCCUUAUUCAAAAGAUCUAAGGUGAAGUUUGACCAGUUUGUUGAGCAAGGGCGUGUUCUUCAUAAUUAUGCUUCAAUAUUGGAGUUACUUUUACGUCUUCGGCAAUGUUGUGAUCAUCCAUUUCUUGUAAUGAGUCGAGGUGAUACUCAAGAAUUUGCUGAUCUAAACAAACUAUCUAAGCGCUUCCUUAGAGGAACCUGUAAUGCUUCAGAAGGCGAAGUAAAAGUUGCACCUUCGCGGGCUUAUGUUCAAGAAGUUGUGGAAGAGCUACGUAAAGAUGAGCAGGGAGAGUGUCCAAUAUGUCUUGAGGCAUUUGAAGAUGCAGUGUUGACACCUUGUGCUCACCGUUUAUGCCGGGAAUGCCUCUUGGCAAGUUGGAGAAAUUAUAGUUCUGGUUUAUGCCCUGUUUGUAGGAAAAUAAUCAGCAGGCAGGAUCUUAUCACUGCCCCUACUGAGAGUCGGUUUCAGAUUGAUAUUGAGAAGAACUGGGUAGAGUCAUGCAAGGUAAGUAUUCUUUUGAAUGAACUUGAAAAUCUUCGCUCAUCAGGCUCCAAAAGCAUUGUUUUCAGCCAGUGGACUGCUUUUCUAGACCUCUUGCAGAUUCCCUUUACUAGGAAUAACAUUUCAUUUGUUCGUCUUGAUGGAACUUUGAAUCUGCAGCAGCGGGAAAAAGUAAUCAAACAAUUCUCAGAGGACAGCGACACCCAGGUGUUGUUGAUGUCACUAAAAGCUGGUGGAGUGGGUAUAAACCUAACAGCAGCUUCAAAUGCUUUUGUCAUGGACCCAUGGUGGAAUCCGGCUGUUGAGGAACAAGCUGUUAUGCGUAUUCAUCGCAUUGGACAAACAAAGAAAGUGGCCAUCAAACGGUUUAUUGUGAAGGGGACAGUUGAGGAGAGAAUGGAGGCAGUGCAAGCACGUAAACAACGAAUGAUUUCUGGUGCCUUGACUGAUCAAGAAGUUCGAACUGCACGGAUUGAGGAGUUGAAGAUGCUUUUUACUUAGACCACUGAGGUAGUGUAAACAUGUUUGUUUGCUGUUAGGUGCACCGUGCACCUUUACCAUUUUGCAUCCCGCGGAUUUCUUUCUGUCUUAUGGGCUCGUGAGUGCAAGAUAGCUGUAACUCGUAUUAUGAAGGUGCUUCUUAGGUGGCACGUGAGCCAGGGAGGGAGUCAUCUCUUAGCUUUCAACUUCCAUUUGGGAGAUCAAGUUUAGCCGAUGUCUUGAUCAACAUCAUGCUUGAAUCAGGCUGUUUGAAGGGGGAGGUGCAAACAAAUUUGGUGAGCAUUUUUUAUGUAAUUUGGGGUAAUUUAUGGUAUUUUUAUGCUAUGCUUGGGAGAGAAGGGGUGGAAAGGGAAGCUAUGGAGGGGGACUUAUUUCCCCGUUUAAAAAUAAGGGGAAAUCCAUUGUCCCUGUUUGGGACUUUAAAAGGGAAGGGGUAAAUUAUAAGUUUAGAUUUUCAGUAGUCCUUAUUUUGUCAAACUUAUAUUCCUAGGGCUAAUUCAAUAACUAUUUAAAAAUGAAUCCUUUGGCCUUUACCAAUUAAGAUUAAGAGGAGGUUUCCAUCCUUUCCCUUCAUUAAAAAUCUUCCACUAUGGGUCUCUUCUCAUUUUCAUCCAAUCAAUACAUUGUGAUUAAGGUUCACUAGUUAUAAAUUAACUGGACAUAGAUUGAGUGAUUCUUGGACAACUUUGAGAUUUCACUGUGUUUACUUGUGGCAUUUACCUCAAUGCCAUGAAAUGCAACGAUUGUCAUUUUCGAAGUGGUUGGUUUGUUUAGGCUUCCUAACUUCUU